GCGUGGGGCGGGCGAAGCGUCCCUCGGGCGGCGUGAGGCAGCCGGCGGGUGAGGAAGAGAAGGCGACUCUGUGCGCGUGCGCUGAGGAGGCCGCGGCUAGUGCGGCGCUAUGGCGGGAGGCGGCAGCGCCGGCGAGUGGUGCCUCAUGGAGAGCGACCCGGGGGUCUUCACGGAGCUGAUCAAGGGGUUCGGUUGUAGGGGUGCACAGGUUGAAGAAAUAUGGAGUCUGGAGCCAGAGAACUUUGAAAAGUUAAAGCCAGUUCAUGGGUUAAUUUUUCUAUUCAAGUGGCAACCAGGAGAAGAACCAGCUGGUUCUGUCGUUCAGGAUUCUAGAUUAGAUACAAUAUUUUUUGCUAAACAGGUAAUAAAUAAUGCAUGUGCAACUCAAGCCAUAGUAAGUGUGCUACUGAACUGUACCCAUCAAGAUGUCCACUUAGGAGAAACACUGUCAGAAUUUAAAGAAUUUUCACAAAGUUUUGAUGCAGCGAUGAAGGGCCUAGCGUUAAGUAACUCUGAAGUGAUUCGGCAAGUCCAUAACGGUUUUGCCAGACAACAAAUGUUUGAGUUUGAUGCAAAGUCAACAGCUAAAGAAGAAGAUGCUUUCCAUUUUGUCAGUUAUGUUCCUGUAAACGGGAGGUUAUAUGAACUCGAUGGUCUAAGGGAAGGCCCAAUUGACUUGGGAGCAUGUAAUCAAGAUGACUGGAUCAGCGCCGUAAGACCUGUCAUAGAAAAAAGAAUACAAAAGUAUAGUGAAGGCGAAAUAAGGUUUAACUUGAUGGCAAUUGUAUCAGACAGAAAAAUGAUAUAUGAACAGAAAAUUUCAGAGUUGCAGAGACAACUUGCUGAGGAAGAGCCUAUGGAUACAGACCAGAGCAGUAAUAUACUAAGCUCUAUUCAGUCAGAAGUUGCCAAAUACCAGAUGUUAAUUGAUGAAGAAAACCAAAAGUUGAAAAGAUACAAGAUCGAAAAUAUUAGAAGAAAACAUAACUACUUGCCUUUCAUCAUGGAAUUGCUGAAGACUUUAGCAGAACACCAACAAUUAAUCCCGCUUGUAGAAAAGGGGAGCGGGUACUCUCCCAAAUCUUGAAACAGACAUUUAUGCAGCCUUUUAUGCAAAAGAAAAACAGAAUGCUAAGAAAGCUCAGGAAGCCAAAUGAAGAUUGUGUUUAUGGAGGGGAAAGUGUGCUCCUGAAUUUUUGCCUUCAUCAUUCUGCCAGACUUCUUGUAAAGUUCCAAUUUGUCCAGUGCACGUUCGUAACAGUUUGUCCUGUACCAUUUGCACGGGGUCUUACAAAUCUUCCCUUUUCUCCCUGCAUCAUGUGCAUGUAUCACUCAGUAAUGGGUUUUAGAGUCUCUGUCAGAUUCCAGUAUUUAACAGUGAAAUGUCUGAUUCUUCAUAUUUAAUCAGGAAGUGCAGCUGCAAUUUGUAUGGACCCAGACUUGUGCAACUAAUGUAAAUCUUUCUACUGUAAUGAACAUAUUUAAAUAUCUUGUCUCUCAGUGAAGCCUUUGCAUAUAGUUAAGCAAAGAAAGCUUGACUUCUUUCUUUUAAAAAUUAAGUUGACUUUUCUUUGCUUAUCACCACUUACUGUCUUGGUCUUUGACUGCAUAAUCCUGAGCAGAGUUCCUCCAGUCUGCGCCCUGUGGGCUUGGGCCAGAGUAACUUCGCAAAGGAUUGUACCGUUAGUCUUACAGUGGCUUGCCCAACAUUCUUGUUUUUAUGGAGUUUGUGUCUAAAUUUUGUACACAAUUAAAGCUACAGUUCGAACGGUAGAGUCACAAUGACCAAUAAAAAAAGCUCAAGAGUUUAUUGCUUUGUAGGAGAAAAAUAAAUAAAUAUUCCCAUUUUUAUUUUGGCAAACCUUGUAUGUUGUAGUAUUAUAUCAAUAGAUAAUGUGGUGAGUUUCCCCGCAUAAUCUUUCCUCUCUUCAUUUACGGUUUGAGACACUGAAACAUUAAAAAAAAGGUUUGCAAUAUUUUCUAGUAUUGCUAGAAAUGCUUGUUCACUCUAUGAAGUUCUGUGCUAUAGGUUUCCUGGGAGAAUUUUUAAUCUGCCCUGCACUGGUGUACAUCACUACAUGUAUAUAUUUUUUCCUAAUGUUCUGAAUUAAACAAAUACUAUAUUUUCAUCCUUCAAUAUUGUAAGGAGAGGAAAAGA